AUGGUAAACGCUAUCACCUCAGCCUUCACGGCCUCUUCAAACAAAGUCCGUGCCCGGAGAGAGGAGUGCCCGCCCGCGGCUCCGUGGCAGCGGUCACCAGCAUCUUCCCGUGCCCGUGACGCCCUGCGGGCUCUGCACCUCCUCGGGGAGCCCGCCCGCGCCCACGGGGAAGGUGACCCGAAGCGGAACGGAACGCCGAGGGGACCCGCGCUCGCAGGCAGACGAGCCCGCGGCUGCGGGCAGGUGGGCGCUCACUGCGGGGCUGCGGCGGCGACCCCGCGGCGCCAGCGGAGGCACCGGCCCCUGGCGGGCGCCGAGCGCUCUCUGCCCCGCGGAGUCGGAGCCGGGCGAUACCGACAGCGGACAGCCGCCCCCCUUGCCUUACCUGCCGCCCCGGUGCCGCGCUGUGCCGCGCCACAGGACCACAGCCCCCCCCCCGGCGGCACCGGCAUCGGCAAGGCCAUCGCCGCCGACCUGCUGGCGCUAGGUUGCAGUGUUGUUAUUGCCUCUCGUAAAUUUGACCGAUUAAAAGCUGCUGCAGAAGAACUGAAUAAUAGAUUUGCUUCCAUGAGUCCUGCCCAAGUGACUCCCAUAGAGUGCAAUAUCCGCAAAGAAGAGGAGGUGGAAGCUUUGGUGAAGUCUACACUGAGCCUGCAUGGGAAGAUUGACUUCCUGGUGAAUAAUGGAGGGGGCCAGUUUGCAAGUCCUUCUGAAGCCAUCCGUGCAAAAGGCUGGAAUGCUGUGAUAGACACAAAUCUGACAGGGACUUUCUAUUGUUGCAAAGCAGUGUACAAUGCCUGGAUGCAGGAACACGGAGGAGCCAUUGUCAACAUUACUGCUGCUGUGAGAAAUGGCUUUCCUGGAAUGUCGCACUCAGGAGCUGCAAGAGCUGCAGUGGAUAACCUAACCAAGACUUUAGCUUUAGAAUGGGCUCACAGUGGAGUGAGAAUCAACAGCGUUGCUCCUGGACUGGUAUUUUCAGAAACUGCUGUUGCAAACUAUGGAGAACAAGGUGUAACGAUGUGGUUAAAGAGCAUACCAAAGGUUCCUGCCAAGAGGUCGGCUGUUCCUGAGGAGAUCUCUCCUGCAGUAUGUUUCCUGCUGUCUCCCGCUGCAUCAUUCAUAACUGGGAUAACCAUGGUUGUGGAUGGUGGCCAGAGUUUGUACGGCCAUGCCCUAGAAAUACCUGAUCAUGACAGAUGGCCCUCGCCACCAGAAGGAAAAAAUUCUGAAAUGCUGAAAAAGCUUCUUUCUGGAGAGUUCAAACCAAAGCUGUAAAAGAAAGAGAUUUUACCUUGUUCCCUGUUGCACCCUUGCUGAUAAUCUCACUUUGUGAUUUGGCUUUACUAUUCUCAGUAAUAAUUUUUUUUUUGCUCAUUUAUAACUACAUUAAGUGCCUUGAUUUUGUUGGUUUAUAUUUAAAACUUUUGAAAGGCUCUGAAAACACUCACCCUGAAAACAUUCAGUCUUUUGGGAAAAGAUACAAAAGGCAAAUCCAUUUGUACAGGCGUUAAGUAAUGAAAAAUCCCAGCCAGAAGUGAAUAAAAACAAUACUUAUUUUGCAGUGAAGGUAGCCAAGAGGGAAUGUUUAGGAAUCCUUCUGUUCAUGAUGAAUUUACGGAAAAGGUAAAUCUUUCACUAUUAGUUGCAUCAGUAACCCUUGGGUAAGUGUUAGCUCUACACUCUUUCUGUUCAGCCACAUACUGAGUGUUCAACAAUGGUUUUAAAGACCAAGUACAGUAAGUAUUUCUCUGAAAAUAAAUAAAAAUAAGAUGGAACACUGUUAGUAACGUUUCAAACUAAUAUGACAUAUCAUAUUUGGAAUGCUUUUAAUUGUUUGCAGAUAUAAUGAUUUAAUAGAGUUAAGCUGGCUGCAACUUAAAAUGAUAACAGAAUAAGCAGAUAAUAAAUACAAUGACUGAAAACAGUAUAUAUUCAACAACUUAACAUGCAAAAUCUGUGUAUAUUGCACUGCUCUCUGCAGUAUGCUACACUAGUAAAGGAGAAAUUUGGAGUUCUUCAUUUGCCAGCUAAAAUACCUUUUAUCCAUACUGUGUUGUCUUACAAUGUUAACAGAAUUUUGUUCUUUACUGCCUUUAGGUUUUUUAUAACAAUGCAGAGAUGCCAUUUAAAAACUGGGAAUCUUGUAAUACAUCACUUGAAGAGGCUAUAUUUGUAAUUUUUUUAUUCACUUUAGGGCAAAUGUUCCCAUGCCUGCUAGAUUUAGUGAAAAUAUAAAAAAUAAGUAAUGGCUGUGUUUGUUUGCUGUAAAAACUGAAUUUCCUGGAAUCAAGUUGCUGCUAUAAAAGAGAACUUUUAAUACUUCAUUUUGGACUGAAUGUAAGAGUCUGAUGGUUGUUUGUUCUCUGCAAAGAUUUUUGACAUUUGUGUCUUUCAUUAAAUUAUGUGUUGUUAUAUAGGUACAUGUAGAUUGCUUUUUCAUGAAAAUUAAAUGAAUGCCAGUUUUUAUGGGGAGGAGGAGUUUGAGCCAUCAUGUGUGUUCUUUCUGCUUUAUCAUCUUCCCUUUGUAACUGGACAGUUAUUUAUGUGGCUGUGAGAAAUUGGUACAGAGAUAAAGCCAACUUUUAUCAAACUUCUUGUGCAGGGUAUAUUUUGUUUAUUGCAAAUAUUAGUUCAGAGUACUCAGCAAGAGGAUUCCUGGAAGCAAAUGCACCUGAUAGAUAACUAACUCUAGAAGUCUAGCCCAUCGCAUUCCAGUGA